CUAGAUCCCAGCGCUGGUCUCCGCUCGCCGGGCCGACUCUUCUCCGCUCUCACUCUUUCUGGAUUGACCGGCGUGACUCAGAUGCUGCAGAGACCUCUGACAGGUGAACAAGCUGAGCGUGUGAAGGAAACGCUCGGCUUCUCCGGGACGGAUCUGAUCCGAGUCCGAGCUACAAAACCAGACUACGAGGUCGGAUCUUCCAGACAACUUCUCAGACGCCCGGUCCCAGGGAAGCCUCAGGUAGAUGCAGCUGCAGUGAAACUCUGGACGCUGUCAGCAAAUGACAUGAACGACGUAGAUGUGGAUCUCUUGGACUCUGAUGAUCUUCUGGAUCAGGAUGACCUGAAGAAGCCGCUUCCUUCUACACUGAGGUCGUCCGGCUGUGGGGAAAGCACUGACAAGAAACGCAAAGCCUGCAAGAACUGGGGUAUCGGGAUAGGAGGCGGCACGUCAUGUGACUCUUUUCUCUUCCAGUGUUAUUUGGGAGACGCGUUUCGCUGUGCCAGUUGCCCGUACCUCGGCAUGCCGGCGUUCAGUCCCGGGGAGAAGGUGAUGCUGAACCCCGGCCGGCUGCAGGACUCCUAGAAGUCCCUU